AAGCUUCCACUGCCACAAAUAGUUAAGCAUCAUAACAUAACCUUCAAAGAGACAAAAUCCGUUCCCUCUCAAAAUUCAAAAUCAUCAAACACUUCUUAUGAGAGCAACACCACCACCACCGGUGGCAAUGGCAUCGACGGCGGCUAGUCAUUUCCUUUUAGGCUCAAACAAUGACCAACUUGAACACGCUCAAGAACCUGCUGCUGCACGCGCCGCUGCUCUCCGCCAUGACGCCGCCACAUUUGCCUCUCCUCCUCCUCGUGAUCCUACCUGUCUUAGCCAAGAUCAAAUAAUGGAGCUGUUUCAAAAAUGCAUCAAACUUGCCAGUGAAAAUAAAAUAAAUGAGAAGAAUACGUGGGAACUGAAGCUAAUAGAUCAUCUUGGUGAGAUUAGUAAAGUUGAAAGAGGAGGAGUUGAUGCUGAGCCUAAUUUCCAAAAGGCAAGCUGUAUACUGGAAGCAGGUGUUAGAAUAUACUCUGUGAGAGUGGAUUCAGUGCAUUCACAUGCUUAUAAGCUUCUUGCCAGGAUCAAUCGAGCUGGUCUACAAGAUUCUGAAAAACCUAAUAUAGAGAGUGAGAUUGUCAACAGUCAGCAAGAUGAAAGUCAAUCUAAAGAAGAAUCUGAAAAGAAUAUUUCGCCAUUAUCAACAUUGGAAUACUCACUUGAAGCUCUAAAUAUGAAGAAGUUUGAUUUUGCAUUUGCAGCGGAUCCUCUGUAUCAUUGGACACAUGCACAAUAUGACGAAAGUGGAGCCAAGGGCCUUCUUUUGAAUAACCUUGGAGUAUAUGGUGGAUGCCAGGUGCUUUUUGAUUCUUUUGAAGUGCCAGGGAAGUGCCAUUCAUGUUCCCACCAAAAUGAUAUCUCAGAUGAGAUUGAUAUCUCAUUUGCCAAAGAUUCAAUUGAGCACAUGAUGAUGAACAUGAUGAAAGAAAAUGAAAUUUCUCCAACUCUUAAGGACAUUCUUUGUUAUCUUGAUGGGGAUAAUCAAAGAUCCUCCGAGAUUCUUAAUGCAUAUGAGAAGUCUGAUGCUACAACUGAUGGGAUUGAUACUAGUAAAGUUGAAAUGGAUAAUUUUUCAUGGACAUCCAAUCUUGUUGACGAGAUGAACAUUUUUGAAGAGACAUUAUGUUGCGAUUCUUCUUCAAGUCAUUCUGAGUUUAUUGUAGAUCAAGGUCUUGAAAAUGUUUCCAUGUUUCUGCUUCGAGAAUUCGGUAUCAAUUCAAAGAAAAACAUAUGGGCAGGUCCUGAUCACUGGAAAAUUCGGAAGUGCAAGAGUAGAGAAGAUGUUCCUGUUGCAGAAAGUGGAUCAACAUUCAAAACUAAGAGACAGAAGAACCAAAAUCAAGCAGAGGUGGAUGUUGUUUUCAGGAUAUCAUCAGAGGAGGAACCAGUUGAUAUAUUUGCUCCACCAAAAAGUCUAAAGAAUUUACUUCUACCGGAAAACCGAGCCCCACUUAGCACCACUCUUCCAGAGGAUUGCCAUUAUGAACCUCUGAAUCUUUUGAAGCUGUUUCUCCUUCCUAAUGUCCUGUGUCUAGGAAAGAAAAGAAGGGAACUACAAGGCAGUAUCUGUCAGCGACAAAGCAAUGACUUUGAUGCAGCAUUCUCAUCAUGGGACAAUGAGAGUGUCCUUAGCAGUCAACAAAAUGAUAGAUACUUUCAAGUUGUGGAAGAAACCGAUGAAGCUGUUUCUAAACCUAGCCAGGUGGGUAAAAUUGAAGUUCAGUAUGAAAAUACUAUUAAACAAGUUGAUGUACAUGCAUUGAAACAAACACUUUGGGAUCGCAUACAAGAAUCUAGUGAAGCACCUGAAACAGGUCGUCCAGACAUUGUAUCGUUCAAACAUGUCCUGGCAGCUUUUCCUGAUGAAUGUCGAUCUACAACAACAGCGGAUGUUUCACUACACUUGUGGUUCUUUUGCCUUUUGCAUUUAGCCAAUGAGCAUGGAUUAACCAUCCAGGAUUGUCCCAGUUUGGAUGAUCUCACAAUACAUCUUCCUUCUGUGUGGCAGAAUGCGGAAGGAAUGGCAUAGUUUUUGUCGUAAACGAAGAUCCUUGGUAAGUUAUCAAAAGUAAGCUCUUUCUGCGGAUAUUUUUGACAUUUUGAGCCACUCAAUACUGAUUAAUUUAACACCUAUUUUGUAUGUUGUACCCACACACAACCUUGUUCCACAGUUUUGUGUAUAUAUUUAAUAUAUCAGGAUACAAAUGUU